AUGCCCGUCAUCAAUGGCGAGAAGUGGGCCUGCCAGUCGUGUGUCAAAGGACACCGCGUAAGCGGCUGCACCCAUACUGAUCGGGAACUCAUUCACAUCAACCCCAAGGGUCGUCCUGUCAAGCAAUGUGAGCACUGCCGCGGUGCUCGCAAGUCCAAGUCCCAUCACGCAAAGUGCGAUUGCGGCGAGAAGAAGGACAAGGACAAGCACAAAGACAAGGGCGAUGCCAAGGGUGAGCAUUUGGUGGACAGCAGUGCCGACGAGUCCUCUAAUCUUGAUCCAGUCAACAACGGCAACCGCUGUUGCUGCCAUUCAGGCGCAAAGUGCAUCUGCGGCCUGAAGAAGGAGAACUUGGACCUGAAGCUCGACACGACCAAAUUAAGCCUGCACGCCGCGCGUGCCAAACCGAGACUCACUUCCGCCCAUUCCGAAAACACUUUGACCGUCUUUGCCAAUGGCCACCACAAGCCUUGUCACCGCAACAACAACACUGCCCAUGAGUCUGGGGCGCCCUACAAGCUCAACCGUCCUCAUACCCUGCACGGUGGUGCCGCAUUCGCCAGUCUAAGGCAGACUCCGUCCGCUACGCUAUCGGAUCGAUCGAAUCAGCGCUCCAUGGAUACCCUCUCCUUGUCCAAUACCGAUUUCCACGCCAUGUUCGGCUCUUCCCAACGUGUCGAAGACAGCCUGCCCGUGGGUUCGCUCGCUGGUGGGCUUGAUAAGCCCAACGACGUUGCAACCUCCUUGUUCUCCUUCUCGGGCGCCACGCUUGGCCAAGAGUCGAAUUCGCCUGUCGAGACGCAGUUGGAAGAUUUGUUCUCGUCGCAGCAGUGGCCCUGGUCGAGCUCCAUUGCACCCGUUGGUCAAAGCUUCAGCUACGGGAGCCUCUCAACUUCGCCUUCGCAAGACUGCCUCACCAGCUUCCCAGGCGACGACUGGGCUAUUCCUUCCGCUGGGUUGGGCAAUCCACUGUGGUCGGCGGGGGACCUGCCGCUCGACCCGAACAAGCUGAACGACAGUCUGGCGCAACCCAUCUCUCAUAGCGGCGAAUCAAAUCACCACAGCGUCGCGGGGCUCACGAGUGCAUCCAGCCACUCGGAUUUGGAGGAACUUGAUGCCAGGCCUCAGUCGACGGCAAACAACAUUCUCUUCUGGGAUGACAAUCCCGUGUUUGCGGCGUCGUCGGCUGUGCAGACGGAGGCUUUUGCCCCAACUGCGACGCCCUCCUUCACUGAGACUUCCAUCUCCACCGAUCAGUCCACCACUGUCCCGUCAACGACGGGCGGUGCGAGCCUUGGCGAGAAGGGUCCCGUGUUUUUGGGCACCCUGUUCGGCGAACCUUCUGCGAUAGCCAUGCCCAGCGAUUACAACGACAACUUAGACAAUGAGGCCUGGGCAACGUUCGGUCAAAGCAAUUUCGUCAGUGGGCUCAAUUUCUCGGAUUCUCUUCCCAACUUCUUAUAGAGAGUUCUUUGGAUAUCGCCUUCACGACGCCAUGAUUCAUGACGCUGCUGGAUACUCUAAUUCCAACCUGUCCAUAUCCCCGAUUUCCAGAUCCCCAUCAUAGACUCCGACCAUCUGUAGAUAUCUUUUGACAUUCGUUGAGCGGCUCAGCUCGACGUCUCGGCCGGCUGCCUGGAUUUCCUUUGUCUAUUCACACACCAGCACCUCUGUUUGUUUAGCCACGGGCUAAUCCAUUGAGCGGAGACCGUGUCGGUUUAUAGUAUUGAGGUGAUGCUUUUUAGCAAAAGUAUAUAGACGGGGCAGGGCAUUAGCAAUCUUGUUUGUUUGAAUAGGUUACAGCACAAAAGAAAAAUAAUCUUGAACAUCAUCAUCAUUUACA